CACACUUUUAUAAGUAGAGUACAGUUUCCUUUGCCCUUGUCGAAUUCCAUUCUUCCCUCUCUCCCCCUGACCCAAAAUCAGACUACCCCCAUUCCUCAACUUUAAUCAAUCUUUCUCUCAGUGAAUCCAUGGCAGAUUACAGAUCAAACUCAUAUGCUGGUGAUGGUAGGAUGCAAAUACAUAGCUACUAUGGAGGACACAGACCCACUUCAAAUCCUCAUGACUUCAGGUCUUUCAAUGCUUCAUAUGUUUGUUAUCCACCACCACCACAAACCCAGAUGGAUGGUGUGAAAGGUUUGAAGUUGAAGAAACGCAAAAGCUCAAUUGGGUCUUCUUCAAAAUCUUGGGGUUUGAAAGACCCUGAGUUUCAGAGGAAGAAGAGGGUUGCAAGCUAUAAGGCUUAUGCUGUUGAAGGGAAGGUCAAAGGGUCUCUGAGGAAGAGCUUCAAGUGGCUCAAGGAUAGGUACACCCGGGUUGUCUAUGGGUUUUGGUGAUUUUAUGAGUUUUUUCAUAUACCACUUUGUUUUCAUGUUUUGUGCUUGAUGACUGUUUGGUAAAUUAGAAAGUUGUGUCAUGGUAUGGGCUGUUAUCUUAAAUUCAUGAUGUGGGUUUUCUCAAAAGACCCUGAUUGAUUGUGUUUUCCUUUUUCAGGGAAAAGAAAAAUGAAAAGUUCGAAAAAAAACACUCAUUGUUCGUUCCAUAUCUUUUUCAUCUUUGUAAGAAACAUUUUCCAAAAUUUGAAAACAAUCAGUUGGUGUUUCCUUAAAA